UCACGUUCACAUCCAGCAAGACACUCCAGGUCCGAGAAGAGAAAUAGACUUUCCGAAGACCUGUGUGCUCCACUCGAAGCAUCGGAUCGCGAAUAAGGCGCUCGAAAUCAUCCGAUAUUAACUGCCGGACCUCGGCCCGUGUCCUUGACCUCGACGACUUCAACCUGCAAACCACCGAGAGACAGGGCUCGUCAAUAUGGCGUUGCGCUACAAGGCUCCUCUCGUUUUCCCGGCUGUCAAGACACACACAGCGACAGUCAUCUUCUCUCACGGUCUGGGAGACACUGGACACGGAUGGGCUCCAAGCGUGGAGAACUGGCGGCGGAGGGAGAGACUUGACGAGGUCAAGUUUGUGCUGCCUCAUGCCCCCGUCAUACCUAUCACCUGCAAUGGCGGCUAUCAGAUGCCAGGUUGGUUUGACAUUAAAGUUCUAAAUGGAGGUGUCGAGAGCAUGCGGGAGAAUGAGGAUGAACAAGGCAUCAAGGCUUCCGCAGAGUACCUUAAUUCCCUCGUCCAGCAAGAGAUUGAUGCAGGUAUACCGGCAGACCGUAUCGUCCUCGGCGGGUUUAGCCAGGGUGGUGCCAUGUCUAUCUACACCGGCCUGAUGUCCAAGGUCAAGCUGGCAGCCAUCGUCUCCAUGUCUGGAUGGCUGCUCCUUAGCAAGACGUUUCGCGAGGCCUUGAAUGCCGGGCCCAAGAUGAACGAGAACACGCCGAUUUUAAUGUGCCAGGGCGAUUCGGAUCCCCUCGUCAGACCUGAGUUGAGCCUGCUCAGCUAC